CGUGAUCGAGCUCGUGGAGUUGACAUUUAACAGAGCCUGGCUUGCGACUGACAUCAUUCAUUUCACCUGGCGUGGGAGCCGAAAUUUAAAGACAGCAAAAGGGAUUCUGACAUGCAUCAGAAAUCACCGAAGGAAAAGGUGUGUUACCCUCUGCCCACAGUGAAGAAACUCCUGGAGCAGAAGAGAAAAAGGGAGACCUCCUCAGCACCCCCGUCCUAUUCCACAGUGACAUACACUGCUGGUGGCCCUGCAUCCGUCCCAGGUUUGACAUCCGUACCAUCUCCAUCUGCUGGGGCCAGUGUAAGCUACUCCGAUAUGGGAGCAGUCAGAUACGACCAUUGGGAGGUUCCCAGCAUUCAUCCGCCUCAAUCUUCCCUGCAGCUGUGCAAUCCAUUCCCAUUUAUGCCCAACUUUUCCCAGACUGGACAGACUCUUGCCACUGGCUACAGCUCCCAGCAGAUGCAGGACUGCCACGAUGGCCAUGCAACACAGCAAUAUUCCAUAACCGAGUGCCCUGUUACUGCUUCUGGGACUGAUAUGAGCUCUGGUCUGUGUUGGCCAUCUGAAUCUAAACAAGAGGAUCACGCCAGCCAGUAUAUUCUCCAGGACUUCAAGAGGCAGAUGGAUAUUAUAAAGCUACAAGAGGCACGAACAUUCCUGCAGAACAUGGAUUACUGCAGAACCACCUGGCAAGAUGAUGACGGAGACACGAUUCUACACAUCUACACUGCUAAAGGUUUAAGGGAAUAUGCUUUUGCUGCUGCAGAGAAACUGUGUGAACUGGGGAAGCUGGACUCCAAGGAGCACAAGGGCAAGACUGCUUUGCUGGUGGCCGUGACAGCAAAUCAACCAGAAAUAGUCAGAGAUUUACUCUCACUUGGUGCAGACAUCAGCACAUGUGAUGUCAAUGGUCAAACUGCGCUUCAUCUGGCUGCCACAUAUGGCUUUCCCCAAAUCAUGCAGGUUAUACUUUCGUCAGGACUUCCAGUGGACCUGGAGGCUCGUAAUUUUGAAGGUCUGACUCCUCUGCACUGUGCUGUGAUCUCUCACUGUGGCACGAUGAAGGCUAUAAAUGCCUGGCUCGUUGAUGGCAGUCUACAUUCUCAAGCGGAGGACAAACUUAUGUGCUUGCGGUUUCUUAUAAAUGCUGGAGCCUCAAUACUCAGCCAGGAAAUCAAAAGCAACAAGACAGUUCUUCACCUGGCAGUGAAGGAGGGGAAUAUCCAUCUUGUGCGCUUUCUCCUGGGCCUGCCGCUGUCUGAUAUGCAGGCCUUCAUCAACCUGAAGGCUCACGGCCACACCGCCUUACACAUGGCCGCAGGACUGCAUGGAAGCCCCUAUCAGGAAGACCUGAUCAGACAUUUGCUGAGUCGUGGAGCUGAUCCCAGCAUCCGCAACCUGGAGAACGACCAGCCCGCUCAUUUACUGCAGAGCGGGGAUAAAGGAGAGAGUCUCAAACUCAUAUUGAAGAAAAAAACUGCCUCUAGACGGCGUUUUACAUCCUUACAGGACCCAGAGUGACCAGGACUACUUUUGCAGUCCCAGCGUACCCAACCUUCUCCAAUAGGGUUAUAGUAUUGAGGAAACCAAUAAUAGUACAGUAUGUACAUUAAAUUAUAAUAGUUAAAAUAACAUCCAUCAUCAAGACAUCAAAAUUUGUUGCGAUUAGAUCUUUAUCAAAAUAGCCAAAUUAUCAGAAAAAUUGCUGCAUCUAGUCUAUCUAGAUUAGAAUAAAUCUAGUUUGCCAUUGGAGAAGGAUUGGUUUUACCUACAGUAUCCUCAUAUGAGGAUUAUAAGUAUUGCAUCAUUUUAGUAUGACAGUAAAGAUCAUAGUUGAUUCUUUAUCAAAAAACUGAUUCUCAGUGAAUCUAAAUGCUCACUUGGCCUUUGGGUGUUUUCAUGUAGCAUGAAAGUGAAGCAUGAAUUUGUUCAUUAAUAGUGAUUUCAAUGAAAUCGUCAUGAGGAUUCAGUUUCCACUUUUAAUUAUGAACCAUAUUGGUUCGCUUAUAUGGGCAGCUAAAUUGUUCAUGGAACCCACUGUAUCAGUGGGAAACUUUUGUUUUUACAUUAUUUAUAUUCCCUUUGGAUGUUGUGCAUUUCAUAUUAUUAUAUUGUGAAUGUUCAAUGGUUCUUUGCAUAACUGCGAAGAAAUCUCUUCUUUCUUUACAAGUUCUUCACAUCAUAGUAUUGGUUUGUGGAUUCUACAAUGAUGUCACACUGUAAAAACCUCAUUGGUUCCAUUUGGAACCUUUUUCAUCGAAUGUAAGUUACUUUCUUAUAGAGGGAAGAUCUGUUUCAAUAUUUAUUUUGUUGUAAGUUGUGAAUGAUAGCUCUUUAUCAUGGUAUACAGUAGGACGCUUGAUAUCAAGUACUUUCAGGAGAUGUGUCAACUGAUUAUGUGAAUGUGUUAUUUUGAUGAGUCAUAUGAGGGGGUGAAAUGUCAGGGCGUUUUGUGGCAAAUCUACUCAACUACACUGCUGUGGUCUUAAAGGUCUUUAAGACCUUCUAGUGUCAAGAUGUCAUAAUCUAUAAGACUUAACUUAAAUUGAAUUGAGUGGUAUUAAAUAAAAGAAUGAAUCGUUUGAUUUCAAUGUGGGGUUAAUAGUCACCUUUAUCAAUAUUUUAAAUGUUGGAGAUUGAAUCAUAUGUAAGAAAACCAAGCCAUUUAUUUACAAGCAUGAUUCACUGUGUUAAAGUACCAUGAGUCCCUCAGGAAAUUCAAAUGAGGGAAAACACGCCAAUGCCUCUUUCUUGUAAAAUGCUUUGAUUUACAGGACUGGGGACUUAUGAGAAUUAGUUCACAGUUGUAAUGACCGUGUAAUGACCUUUAAAACAAUGGUCACUGUUUAAGUAAAUAUCAGAGCAGUUGAGCGAUUGAAAUCAAUGACAAAACCAAAGUUGUUCAUCUGGCAUUAAAGUGUGCAUAUAUACAAUAUUACAGGGAUGAUAUAAAAAUAUUGUAUUUGUAGUUUGAUAUU